AUGGCCAACGACGCGGCGGCGGCGACAGAAAACUGCACUUACGCCACAUGUUCUUCCGAUGAAGUAUGGAACAACUUCCUGCCUUCCAAUUACAGCAAGUCAGAGCCGCCUGUCGUCGACGGCAUGGCUGUUCUCGUUAACGUCUCGAUGAAGAUUGUGGAUGUUGACGACAUCAACGAAGAAAGAAUGGACUUCCGACUUCACACGUACAUCGAAGAGAGCUGGCGCGACGGCCGGCUCCGCACCAGCCCGUUCGCCGAGAGGUGGCGUCGCAUGUCUGUGCCUCGGCGCGUGGCCCGUCUCAUAUGGACUCCCGACGUGGUGUUCUCCAACACCAAGAGGAGCAGCAUAUUCCGCCAAUCGGUGGAGAGCGUCGCCUACAAGAUCGCACGAGACGGAUCCGUGCACAGACUCACGAGGUAUCUGUUUCAAGUUCGAUGCCUCAUGACAUUUCACAAGUAUCCAAUGGACAUCCAGCACUGCCACUUCAAGGUUUCACUACUUGCGACGCCCAACUCGAUUACUGAACUCUGUUGGGAGGGAGCCGUGGACGACCAAGGGGAAAGUCGAGCCAUCGAGUUCGUCGACCGAAUCGAACCACUUCAGUUCCGCAUCAAGAGGCCGAAGGUGCACCGGUACAGCGAGAACUUCCUUGGAGAGAACUACACUCACCUGCUGGCAAACUUCACCUUCGAGCGCCGUCUGACGGCGUCCAUCGUCAACACGUACAUCCCGAGCGGCCUGGUGGUGGUGCUGUCGUGGCUGUCCUUUUGGUUGGACGUGCACGCGGUCCAGGGACGCAUCACACUCGGAGUGACCGCCAUACUGACGCUCACCACGCAGGUCGUACAGUCACGCACUGCGCUUCCACCGGUGGACUACGUGAAGGCCGUGGACAUCUGGCUCUUUGCCUGCCUCAUCAGCGUUUUCACCUCGCUGCUGGAGUACGCGGUGGCUUACCAGUACGUCAAGUCCCAGCGAAUCGGUUUCCAGGGAGACGGUGCCAUCGCUGACGAGGACAUCACCGAGAACGACGUGCUGGGCUCCGCGGGAUCCAUGGCUUCCGCCGUGUCCCACCACGGCAACCUUCCGGCGCCAUCUUCGUCCAGGUUCCCGAUAAAGCCGCUGCUGCAGCCUAGCAAGCUACUCACAUUUCUCGCAAAGUUCCGCUUCCUGAGCGUGAGCAGCUCGAACGUCUUCGACAGCGUCUCCCGCGCCGUCUUUCCUUCGGCGUUCGUGCUAUUCAUGAUCGCCUACUGGGCUCACUACCUUCCCAGCGGGAAGCCUGGCCACUGACCUCUCGCGAUGUGCUCAAGCGCGUGAAAAGCGUUUUCUUGAUUGUGCCUCAUUUCUACAGUAUAACCGAAAUGACGGCGAGUGUGAACGUGUCCAUUCUUGGGCAGAGCACAAGACAACACGAGAGACAACACGAGAGGGAACAGAAUACAAGCGCUGGGUCCCUUGAAC